AGGGAGAAGCUGGGCAUCAGGGGGGAGGUCUGUGAGGGACGGAGGGGUCGCUUAUACAGCUGUCAUCAGACAAGGAAGAAGGGAGGGAGAAAAGGGGGAGAGAGGAGGAGAUAUUGUGAAGUGUAAGAUGGAAUAGCCGGACUCACAAGCAGUGUGUGUGUAUUGCUGUGCAGGGGGGGUGCCAUAUUGUACAAUUAACCGGCUCCAGAGAGAGGAGGAGAGAAAGAAAAAGCCCCACACACAGACAGACACACAGACUGACACACAGACACACAAAAAAGACUUUAGCCGGUGAAUGAAUAUCCGAGAGGUGGAGAAGACAUCUGUAUCCUGAACAGCAUCUCUUCCAGGAAUCCUUCCUCUAAUCCUCACACUAUUCCCCCUCACACACAGUCUGUGCGACACACACACACCCUCCUCCCUCACUCACUCACACACCCUCCCUCACUCACUCCUGCAUCUCACAGCGCACCCUGGCCUAAUUCAUCGGGUUAUGAAAGCUGCCUGCUGCUGCUGCUGCUGCUAUGUUUGUUCCGCUCUCCGUCCCCUUUCUGUUUCAGCGAGCCGGCUCUGAACACGCAUGGCCCUUUAAAUCGCCUCUGUCUGUGGCAGGUGCUGACGAAAUAAGAAUGUCUAAACCAGGGCAUCUCAGCAAACUGCACACAGAAGGGGGAGUAACAGAUAAUGAAAGGAAUGGUGCAGAUUCUCUACACGAGGUUCAGCAAAAUAAAGGAUCACCCUUCUCACUCUCUCCAAAGAUUACAGAUGAAGAAUGUGGGGACCGGUCACCAUCCCUCCCUGGCACUCCUGUUCCCCCAAUGCCCUCUGCCCCUCCUACUCCACAGGCUCCACCUGCCCCUCAGCAGCCCCCAACUUCCCUUCCCCAAACACAGCUCCUCUUGGCUGGGAGCCAACUUGCUGGGCUCACUGCUCUCCUCCCUGCACAGCAGCAGUUGCUUCUCCAGCAAGCUCAGCUUCUUGCCGCUGCUGUGCAGCAAUCCAACGCUGCCGCCGCCAGUGCAUCCCAGUCCGGGUCUGAGACCCCCCCUACCAGUCAACAGCAACCUCACCAGCUCGCUCUGUCCCAGCCCAUCCACCUCACUGCACAGGAUAUUCAACAGUUGCUACAAUUACAGCAGUUGGUUCUAGUACCUGGUCAUCCCUUACAGUCAACUCCACAGUUUCUUUUGCCCCAGGCUGGGCAGGGUCAACAAGGCUUAAUAUCUGCACCAAAUCUCUUCCACCUACCUCAGCAAAAUCAGGGGAACCUUCUAUCGGGUCAGCCCAGGCCCAGUCUCCCCACUCAGGCCGUAUCCCGACCUGGUCCACAGGACACUUCUCUUCUGUCUCACUCUGAUCCAACAUCUCAUUCUGAAGAGCCUAAUGAUCUAGAGGAGCUGGAACAGUUUGCUAGAACAUUCAAACAGCGUAGGAUUAAACUGGGCUUCACUCAGGGGGAUGUGGGCCUGGCUAUGGGAAAGCUUUAUGGAAAUGAUUUUUCUCAGACCACCAUUUCACGUUUUGAGGCGCUUAACCUGAGUUUUAAGAAUAUGUGCAAACUGAAACCACUGCUGCAGAAAUGGCUGAGCGAUGCAGAAACCAUGUCUGUGGAUAGCACUCUCCCCAGCCCCAAUCCUCUGAGCAGCCCUGGAGGAGGAUAUGAGGGGCUCCCAGGCCGCCGACGCAAGAAACGCACCAGCAUUGAGACCAAUGUGCGAUAUGCACUGGAGAAAAGCUUUAUUGUGAACCAGAAACCUACCUCUGAGGGGAUCCUUGUGCUUGCUGAGCAGCUGCAAAUGGAGAAGGAGGUGAUCCGUGUGUGGUUCUGUAACCGCCGGCAGAAGGAGAAACGCAUUAACCCCUGCAGCAGCACACCGCUUACCCCCCCGCAGGGCAAGGGGUCGUUGUUUGGAGCACACAUGGUGUCACCCCCGGUGUCUGCCCCAAUCCUCACUUCACAGGCUUCCAGUAACCUCAGCACAACAGUGACUACCUUACCUUCUGCAGUGGGGUCUCUUGUACACCCACGUCCACCCUCAAACACAGCACCACCAUCUGCCACCCCUCCUCCAAGCAACAGCACAAGCGCGAGCCCCCAGAGCAGCACCCAUUCCUGUCUCAGCCUGACAGGACUGAGUCCAAGUGCUGGGGGAACAAUGCUCGGGGUCAGCGCAGGGUUAAACCCGGCCCUCAUGGCGGGAAACCCUCUGGCCACCAUACAAGCUCUGACCAGUGGUGGCUCUCUGCCGCUCUCCGGACUUGACGGUGGCCUUCUCCUGGCUGGCAGUUCCAGCGCCCCCAGCCUAGUGAGCCCUCCACUCUUCCUGAACCCAGGGGGACUCCCCCUCAUCAGCUCAAGCCUGGCACGCAUACCUUCUGCUGGUGGAACUCCUAGCCUCUCCCCUACUUCUACCACAUCCUCUGUAGAGGCUGCUGUCCCCACCCUCCAGUCCAGCCCUGGAGGCUCCCAGAAUGGUGGAGAAAGUGAGUGAAGAACACAUUCUCCCCUUUGAACACCCACCAGCACCCACGCUGAGCCUACUCUAGCUUGGUGGCUCUUGGAUACACCAGGGGGGAGAGGCUUGAGUGUAUUUUAUGGGCGCUGCCUCUUUCCCCUUCCCCCACUGAAGACAAAAUAUGCGUGGAGUGGGGUGAUGGAACCAAAUAUAACAAAAGAAGAACCAAAAAGAAUUUUAAACCAAAUAAGAACAAAAACAUUUCAAACCUCGGAAAUACUGCAUAAAAACCAAAAAUGUGCUAACCUCUCCUCUGGGGUACAUUGUGUUUUCCUCAACCAAAGGAUUUCAUAAAGACUGAGCUCCCUGCUCUCUUGUUUCUAUUGAGCUAUGUGCCAUUUUUUUUGUUACCAUUGACAGGACGAGUUGGGAGGAUAAAACCAGAAAUGGUGAGGGGUUUGGGGAUAUUCCACCCCCUCUUCCAUCCUCCUCUUCUUCUUCUUCACUCCCCCAUAACAGUGUUGGGAGUGGAAAGGAUAACAGGGGGAAAAAAACGCUUUAUCCAAUGCGUAAAGAGAGAGAGACCGCUUAUGGGUUGGGGUGCAUGGGUGAGAUGUGGGAAAUUAGGGUUCAAUAAGAGCCCCCCACUUCAUUCAUAACACUGUUCCCACCUAUACCAAAAACCAAAACAACAGCUUUAUCCAAAGCCUAUCAUAUUUCUAGAACCUCAGAGUAAUUCUGUGUAUUUGUGUCAAGUUCAAAAAUCCAUUUAAAAAAAAACAAAAAAAAAAACAUAGUUUAUUAUGGAACCUUUAUUUUGCUUAUGUCUCACCAGUAAUGAACAUCAACUCAGCUUACUGCUUUAAAUAGCGUCCUACUUUAUUAUCGCCACCCCCUGUGAUCAUUUCACAGCCCUCAUUACAGAGAAAUAUGAUUUUAUUUUUUAACUCCCAGUUUGACACAGUAAUAGCAGACUGUUAUUUUUCUGCUAAGCAAACGGAAAUUUCUAUCUGCUUCUACUGUUCUCCCACCUCUCCCCGGAUGCUUAUUUAGUUGUUCUUAGAUCUCAUUUACGAAAGCUACAUUUUCCUUUCCCCCUUUUACGUCAUUUUUCCAGUAUUAAUAUUUAUAUAUAUUUUUUAACUCUUGCUGUGCACAAUAGCAUAUACAGUAGGCUUUGUAUAUUUCCGAACUGCACCCCCAUUGCCUUUUUUUUUAUCAUUUUGUAUUUAUUUAUUUAUGCUGCCAAAAUUUAUUUUUAGCUUUUUUUUCUCAUGGGAUGGAUUUUCAGGAUCACAUGUCUCCAUGGGUGGACAAAAAAUGUUUUUUUAAAUUUUUUUUUUCAAACCAAAAAAUGAAACCAAAAUACACACGAUGGAAAUACCAAAUAAAAAAAACUUUCUUUGCCGAUGCUGUGCCAAAGUACAGACUCUGAGCUCCGGCGAAGAAUGGAAUAUAACAAGAAAUAGUGUUACCAAAAAUAUUUCAUGUUCCCCCUCCUUCUGCACCCUGACUCCCACGGACAAUGAAAAGGCAUCAAAAGGGUAAGGGCUGCAGAGGUGCGUCUUUCUCUGUCUUAUAUACCUCAUACGAAGAAGCCGAUAUAUAGAAGAAACUCAAGGAGAGCGUCUUGUUGAAACCAAAAAUUUUAAAUUCCAGUGAGGUGUCACUUAUCUCUCCAGCCCUCCGUCCAAGCUUUAACGGCCUCUUGAAAAAAAUCUUUCGUUUUUAUUCUUUCCAUUUUUUUAAUUUUCUAUGUGAGUUUUUAAAAAAAGAAAAGCAAGUUUCUCUUCUGUGCCAAAGGAUAAAUAAAAUACAGAUAAACUAUUUAACUUCAGAGAAAGCACCAAUGAAAUGAGGGGGAACUGACAACAUACCAAAAAAUUACCGCACCAAAAGGAGGACCUAUCUGAACAAGGGAUAAAUGGAGAGAAAAUGUAUAAAAAAGGAGAUAAAGACCAAAAAUGAAAACUCUCCUUUUUUCAAUUCUUUUUUUCUUCUUCUUUUUUUCUGUUCUAUUUUGGAAAUGUGAACUUUGAACUUUCUUAAAGGGACGUGGAUCUCAUGUUAGCUUUAGUUUUAGAAGUGAUGGACAAAAUUAAUUCAGGGGAAAAAAGAAAAGAAACUACUAUGAAAGGGAACAUGUUACAAAACGCUGUUUGAAAUUGCAUAACCUGUUACCUGAUGGAUAGGUUUGCCCCUCUAAUGCAAAACGGCCUGCUGGCAGCGAAGGGGUUGACUUCUUUUCUACUAACAAAUGGGGUUAAGGCUGUGGCUUUUUUUCUAAAAAAAAAAAGGGGUGAGGGUGGGCAUGGGAGGAGUCAAGUUGGAUGUAGAUGCAAAGCGGGGGUCAGACUUACCGGCCAGCGUACCAAAGAAUCAUCUCUUCACCCCAGGAAGCUUAGGGAAAUUUCCUCAAUCCUUAUUUUUUAGCAUAGUACUAUUCCAAACUAAUAUUGUCAUUUACCACUUAUAAUGUUUGUGAAUUUGGGAUCUCAAUAUCAAUUUCUUUGAUGUGCUGUAGGGAACCCAGUCUGAUACUGAUGCAAAAUUGUGGCCCUACCAACGAACCCAGGGCCCGGGAUUGAGUUAUUAUGUAAAUUGGAGGGUUAUUGGAGGUAUGCAUACUGUUUCUGAAGGGCAGCAUAGGACGUAUUGAACUUGAAUGGCACAAUCUACUGUAUAACUAAGGUGUGGGCAACGUGUGACCUUCUAAAUGAUAUUAAACUACUUUUGUAGGUGUAGUUCAGCAA